AUGGACAUUGGGAAGGGUGGCAUGCCCGCUUAUCGUGGGAAUUUCCAUCUCGAUGAUGCGGUUCUUGGUGGUUGGUUCCUCGUUCCUCGGUGGUUAACUAACUACACAUUGACUCGCAAAAUACUUGAAAUGCUAACACGAGGCUGUUGCUAUUGCUCUCAAGCCUUACCAGUUGAUGGUACCAUAGUUCUCUCGUCGCACGCCUACGGAACACCGGUUUGGGCGAUCCAGGCAAGAAUUAUCUGCAAGUUACCCAAUGGUGAGAUCGUGACAUAUUUUCUCAAGGUCACAACGGGAGAGAAUGACCGUGUCAUGAUUGAAGGGCAAUAUGAAUCUGACAAGGCCAUCCACGCCAUCUGCCCGACUCUAUGCCCGAAGCCAUUUUGCUGGGGCAAAUAUCGCGCUGCUGGCGCCGCCAAGUAUUUUUUACUGGCUGAGUUUCGCAGCAUAGGGAUGCAGCCGCCAGAGCCCAUUCGUUUCGCGAAAGCGCUGGCGAAACUACACAAGGAUUCCAUCUCUCCAACUGGCAAGUUUGGGUUUUAUACAAUCACUUGCCACGGAAAAGCAACGUUGGGCGCAGAUUGUUGGGAGAACUCCUGGGAAACUAUGUACCGGAGGCUAUUGACUCAUGCACUUGAGCUGGAUAAGAAAACCCAUGGUAGUUGGCCAGAGUAUGAGCACUACGCACAGUUGGUUUUGGAUAAAUGUAUUCCACAUCUUUUGAAGAAUCUGGAGACUGAUGGGAGAAAUAUUAAGCCAUGCCUCGUACAUGGAAAUAUCUGGGAUGGAAAUACGGCCACUGAUAUGGCGACAGGAGAGCCGUUUGUGUUUGACGGCAGUGCUCUAUAUGCUCACAAUGAGUACGAAUUUGGAAACUGGAGGACCCCACGGCACCGGUUGAGCGCUCGGACAUAUAUUAAACGGUACAAACGCUUGAUCCCCGCCAGCGAGCCCGUGUCUACGAAGAUAUGA